AAUUAUGCAAAAGGUAAACCCCAAAUGAAUUUUCUCUCACCUCAAACUCCAAACUCGCAGCUGCUCUUCAUCUCCUUGGUCGUUCUGAUUGCCGCCUCCUCCUCUUCUUAAAACCCUCCAACAAAAUCACCAGCUCCGCCAUUGACAGGAUUUUCAAUUUUGGGCACUUCCAACCAGCUCUGGUCGGCGGCGCCUCCGCCAUUGUUGAUUUUCAAUUUGGGGGACUUCCAACCAGCUCUCCUUCUCUGCCGCUGCUAUUCUUGUUGCUCACGACAGUUGUAUUCUAAGAAAGGUUGACCUAAUUGUUGGCCGCGGGAGUUUGUACAAUGGCUACCGGACCUGGACUUGAGCCUCUUGUAGAUCAGAUGAUUUCAGUUAUUACCAAUGAUGGACGCAACAUAGUGGGGAUCCUAAAAGGUUUUGACCAGGCAACAAAUAUUAUUCUUGAUGAAUCGCAUGAAAGGGUUUUUUCUACCAAGGAAGGAGUCCAACAGAUUGUAUUGGGUUUGUACAUCAUCAGGGGUGAUAACAUAAGCAUUAUUGGUGAGCUGGAUGAAGACUUAGAUGCUCAUAUCGAGCUUUCGCAGCUGAGGGGCCAUCCUCUGAAGCCUGUCAUUCACUGAUGAGCAGAGUGCGUAUUUCGUUAGGCUGUAUUGAAAAUAUCAAUUGAUUCCCAGGACAUGUGAUAGUGAAUGUUAAGGACUUGUUUGAGGAGUGGUAAUGAAUUGGUAAUAGCCUAUGAGCUCAAUGCAGGAAGAGAGGCAUUCUAGAAGACUUAGCUUUUGGGAUUUUUUUUUCAUUGUCAUUAAUAUUUUGUUCAGAACAAGUCCAAAGUUCUCAGGGUAGAAGUGUGAUAUCAAUGACUAUCUACGUACCUAGGUAGAUGCUUUCCCUUGUAAAGACAAUAGGAGUUUUUUGGAUUUGAUUACUGAACACUGGCUUGUUUAGCAUGAAGUCGAGAGCCUGCACGUGCUUUCCAACCUGAACAGGGACA